UCCGGUCUGUGUCACCCUAUGGUGGGAGGAGCAGACUCCAUGUCACAUAGCUCCUUCCUCCGGUCUGUGUCACCCUGUGGUGGGAGGAGCAGACUCCAUGUCACAUAGCUCCUUCCUCCGGUCUGUGUCACCCUGUGGUGGGAGGAGCAGACUCCAUGUCACAUAGCUCCUUCCUCCGGUCUGUGUCACCCUGUGGUGGGAGGAGCAGACUCCAUGUCACAUAGCUCCUUCCUCCGGUCUGUGUCACCCUGUGGUGGGAGGAGCAGACUCCAUGUCACAUAGCUCCUUCCUCCGGUCUGUGUCACCCUGUGGUGGGAGGAGCAGACUCCAUGUCACAUAGCUCCUUCCUCCGGUCUGUGUCACCCUGUGGUGGGAGGAGCAGACUCCAUGUCACAUAGCUCCUUCCUCCGGUCUGUGUCACCCUGUGGUGGGAGGAGCAGACUCCAUGUCACAUAGCUAUUGACAAUCUCAGACAACACUUGUUCAGCGGCUGUACCUUGUUACUUCUAUGACAUCACACAUGUUCCAGACACACAGACACGGAACUUGCAAGUUACACUGUGACCCCAUUCAGUUCAAUGGCUGGUCAUUCGAUUGGUUGUCGGGGCAAGAUUGCUGUGUAACCCCAGCCUGAAUCCCUCUGUGCUCUGUGAUAUACUAUGUCCCAGCAGAAAGCAGUGCUGAAGGAUUUUUCUAUAUAUGAACUUUUCAAGUGGUGGAGCCGACAUUAUGGUUUCAAACUUCGGAGAACAGUCCAGAUGGCACCUGUGAAGUGAACGCUAUUGGAUUUUGCUCUUUGACCUCCAACUGUACACAAUCCUGGCUCAACUCAGUGACCUCUCCCCUCCAGCCCUCUCCCCUCACCCCAAUAUGAAUGGUCAAGUGCCUUGUCCUACAUCCGAGGAGCUGUCCUCUCACCAGGCUCCACCUACUCUCGAACCCUAUGCUCCUCCUCCUCCAGCUACUACACAGGACACUCUCGAAGAUACCUCAUCUGCAGGAUCCCUCCUGUCCACCUCUGGCCUCCUUCUUGCUCGUUCUCUCCUUAGUCGCCGGAGUAGUACUUCACCAAACAAUUCACCAUCAUCCUGUAGCCUUCGCCGUCGUCGAGAAUUCACUCCAGAAGAGAGAAAAGAUGACACUUACUGGGACAAGCGGAAAAAAAACAACGAGGCGGCUAAACGCUCAAGAGAGAAACGUCGUGCUGGUGACCUUGCCCUAGAAGGACGCGUCAUUGCUCUUUUGGAGGAGAAUGCAAGGCUGCGAGCUGAGCUGCUUGCACUUCGAUUCCGCUUCGGCCUGGUACGGGAUCCAUGUGAAGAAGCUCGUGGGUCGUAUGCACAGCCAUGCGGUCUUCAUGAUCCUACUCCACCAAAUCCUCCUCCACCAAUGCCUCAUUCAGAAGACUCUGGAUUCUCCACACCCAGUGUAGGCAGUCCGGUUUUCUUUGAAGACAGAGUUCCUGAACAGGAACCUCAAAAUUUACCUCCACCAUCCAUAAAUUAUUACGGAUCAGUUCCAGUAGAGACUGUAGAAAUCCCUCGUGGUAGACUUGACAUUCAUCCUGACACAUAUAAAAGCCUUCCACACAAGUUGAGGUUUAAAGCCUGUGCUCCAGGUGAGGAUGGACCUCAUGUCGCAGCACCCGUCUCUAGAGAAAUGAACAGUUUUCCUACUGAAGUGGCCCAAGGUUUCCCCCAGCAGCCAAUGGCCUUUCCACGAGGACGGUGGGGAAACCAAGCUCAGGAUGGAUCUCCCAGUCAGGCUGCAGAAAACUCUGAACUUAGGUCUCAACUUGCCUCACUGUCCGCGGAGGUGGCCCAGCUGAAGAGAAUUUUUUCAGAGCAGAUGACGGGUCGAAGUGGACCUGAUUAGUACUCCACUUUUGUCAUGAACCACAAAUCGUUGCAAAUUGCUAACAAGAAAUACAUGAGAGACUUAUUACAAAAGCCACACAACUGGUUUCCUCUAUUUACCUAAAACACGUCAGCUGCUCCACAUAAGAAGGCAUGAUUUCAUAAGUCUGGUGCUAAAAAGACAUUACUUCCCUUGCAAAAGGAUACUGAAGCAGUCCAGUUGCUGAGAUAUACAAUGGACUGAUGUGACCUCUUUUCCUCCGCUGGAGGGAGUGCGUAAUAUAAUACUGUCUGGAACAAGUUUAAAAAAAAAAAAAAAAAGUGUUUGUGUUUUACGUGUCACGCUGCCAAAAUUUUUGAAAACACGUCCUGAUGCAAUUUCUUCACAUUUUUAUUUCUCUACACUUGCGCAGGGACAUAGUGACCUCUUUAUAUUUUCACUCCUUCGUUAUUACAUCAUCACCGGCACUAUGGCACAGGACUGCCACAGCUUCUCCUCAAUCGGCAGAUGUUAGGACACAGAUGUAGAAGAAAAUACAGCAUGUUCUCGUGAAACAGUCACAGUGUGUUUGUGAUCUAUGAGUUAUUCCCAUUAUACCAGUCCUUUAAGUGUCCUUUUUCAUGUCCGUAUUUCAACGGUUCCUACUAUAUUGUGUGUUGCCACAACUUUUUUGUAUUUGACUCUUUUUGUUGGGGAUUCAUCAACUCUAAGUCAGGUGUGGGAAAAUAAACAUGGACUUUUGAGGGGGCAUAUAUGUAAAUUAAGUAGAGUUAUCGCCUGAGGGUCAAAUACCAGUAUUCUGAAAGGUUGUAAAAAGUUGAUGAUAUGUUUUACAUUACAGAGGUGCGGGACGUUCAGUAGACGUUUGGCCAGUCCAGGAAUCUUCUGUUUGGUCAUUCUAUAUACCUCAUAGCUAGUUUUUACCUUCCUCCCACUUACCUCCUUGUUGAUAUUCCCAGAUACAAUUUUGGGGGGAUUUUCCAGGUCCUUGUGUCUCUAGGCCUUCUCCACUUUCUGUCUUGUUGAAUGCUCCAUUUCUCAUUUCUUAUCCUAUUCUCAUCAUUUGUCUUGCAAGGAAGGGUGGAAUAUGGGGUAAACAGUUUUUUCGGUGAAAUAAAUUGCCAAUACUACACCCCUUUGCCACCCAAGUAGGUUGUUUUUGGAACAUACAAGAACUAACUUUGUAGAUUCCUUUCUUGUAGUAAAUUUUUCAUUAGUGGUGUAACCAUAACAUUAACUACCGCUGUCUGUAGCUUAUGUCUCUCAUGCACAUUCACAACCUCUGUCUCUCUCUAUAUUGUCAUGGUUGUAAUCUCUCUUAACUCUUCUGGAUUUCAUGUCUGAACUUUUCCAAGCUCCUUCUGCCAUGUUUUCCUCUUGCCACCAUCUCUUCUCACCAUUUUCCCUUCUUACAUCUGGCUCACAUUCCAUAAAAUGUGGACUCUACAUGAGUUUCCUAAAGUAGUUAGGCAGAGGAGACUAUUAAGACCUAUCGUGGAAGCCAGUCUUCAUUAUUAAGACUUGUAGGCUGUGCAAAGGCAACAUGUCUUAACAGGUGCCAUCAUAUGUAGCCAUAAUCUCAGCCAGCAGUCGAAAGGGGUUCUCCCUAAACCAGUAAAUAGGGUAUUCUACCCUGUGAGGCCUUGAUUCAUAGAACACGGGUUUCCAUCAUAUGAAGUAUCUUCUGCAGGUAGCAAAAUUGUGUUUUCAUAACGUUCCUUAUCUUCAAAUAAACUUAAUAUUUCCAUCAUCUUCUUCCUCAACUACCAAAUGUUUCAUGGUGAAGUGUUCCUCAGCUCGCCUAUGUUCUCCAGCUUCCCUUGGGCUCUCUUGGUUCUUGUCAAAUAGUGAAAGUCCUAUAAAAUGUCCAUAAAUUGCACCUCCACUUCCCUCUACCCCUUCUAUCUACCCCUUGUCCCAACCCUUUAUUUUUCUUUCUCUGGAGAUGCCAUGUUUUGGUUGCCAAUCCUGUGUAGGGUAAUAGGGCUGCACAGUAUUCCUCAUAUACCUCCCCCCACAUCCCUUCAUCUCACCUGCUUAGUAUGUGAAUAUACA